AUGGUAGAGUUUGCCAUCAACAACUCGGUGCAUGCGUCCACGACACAUACACCGUUUUACGUGAAUGGCUUGCGCCAUCCGCGUGUACCCACCUUACUAGAGUGUAACUCUGGUUUAAGGGGAGGGACUCGCGCGAGCAAAAACCGAUUUGGUUCACGCUCAUCACGCUCUGACGAAGAAGUCAUUGCGUUUGAUGCCGAUAUCGAUAACAUCGAUAUCGAAGAAGAUGAUGCCAGUGAGAGUGCGGAAGCCCUCACUGAAGACAAUGAUCCCAGUGAGAGUGCGGAAGCCCUCACUGAAGAAAAGGUUGUUGUCGCUGCAGUGCGCUCACAGCACACUGAAGCUAACGAGUCAUCAGAUGAGUUCAUACUGGCUCGUGAAACGGUAGUCCGUUUUGUGCAAGACUCCAUCGCCGAAGCGGUGGAUAAGCAAAAAGCAAAACGCUGA